AUGUUGCACUUGCACCCGCAGCACUCCAGUUGGGAUAAAAAAUGUCCGCAACGCGGUUAUAACCGCGUCCCCAACGCCAUAUUGACUGAAUCGUCUGCCAGAGAUCCACGAAGCUUCGGGUGCCGAUACACACGCAAGGGGUUUACCGAUCAUCUCUACCGAGCUUUACAGAGGGCCGGAAUCCACACAUUUAGAGAUGAUGAUGAGAUUGAGAGAGGAGCAAAUGUAGCUGCAGAGCUAGAGAGAGCUAUACAAGAGUCGCGGGUAGCCAUAGUAGUCUUCUCUACUGACUAUGCUUCCUCAAGUUGGUGCUUGGAUGAACUUGCCAUGAUCAUGGAGCGUAAAAGGACGGAUGGAUAUAUGAUAGUGCCUGUGUUCUAUAAGCUGGAUCCAUUUGUUGUUAGGUGGCAGAAAGGGAGUUAUUCCGAAUCAUUUGCCAAGCAUGAAGAGCGCUUGAAGGAGGAGAUGGCCAAGGUGGAGAAGUGGAGAAAAGCUCUUAAAGAGGUGGCUGAUCUAGCUGGGAUGGUCUUAGGUGAUAAGCAUGAAUCAGACCUGAUCGAAAACAUUGUUGAGGAGGUUGAAAAUAAACUGGAACCUGAAGUAUUAAAUGUUGUUCCGCAUGCAGUCGGAAUAGAUGUUCGUCUGAAAUCUUUAAACAUGUGGUUAAGAGACGGAUCAACUGAUGUUGGUGUAGCUGGAAUUUGUGGAAUGGGUGGGAUUGGCAAGACCACCAUUGCCAGAGCUGCUUAUGACAGCAACUUUGGUAACUUUCAAGGAAGUAGCUUUGUUGCAGAAAUUAGAGCAACUUCGGAACAGCCUAAUGGUUUGGUUCGCUUGCAAAUGAAACUUUUAUCUGAUAUCCACAAGCGGCAACCAAAGGAAAUAUACUCUGUUGAUGAAGGAAUACGCCGAAUCAAGCGCAUUUUAUGUUGCAAAAGGGUUCUUAUUGUGCUUGAUGAUGUAGACGAUUCACACCAAUUCUUGGCAAUACUUGCAAUGCGAGCAGAGUUACAUCCAGGAAGUAAGAUUAUCAUAACAACUAGACAUGAACAUAUGUUGAAAGCUAAUGGGGUUUCUAAAAUGUUUAUGGUUAAUAAACUAGAUUGGCAAGAAUCACUUGCGCUCUUCAGUUGGCAUGCUUUUGGACAAGCUCAUCCGAUUGAAAGCUAUAUGGAGCUUUCUGAAGCUGUAUCAGAACGUUGUGGAGGGCAUCCUCUAGCCCUUAAAGUUUUGGGGUCUUCACUGUAUGGAAAAAGUUUAGAUGUUUGGAAAAGUUCAAUUCAGAAAUUUGACGUGAUUCCAAAUAAAGAAGUGCAGAAAGCUCUUAGAAUAAGCUUUGAUACACUACAAGAUGAUCAUGACCGACGUUUAUUCCUUCAUAUAGCAUGUUUCUUCAUGGGAAAGGAGAAAUUUUUCACAAUUACAGUACUGGACAACCUCGAUUUUUUCACAACAGAUGGAAUACAAAAUCUAGUCGACAGAUGUUUACUGCAAGUUGAUGGUGAUGACAAGUUGAUCGUGCAUCAGUUACUUAUUGACAUGGCUAGGGAAAUUAUUCGCGAAGAGUCACCAGAGAACCCUGAAAAGCGUAGUAGAGUGUGGCAAAAGGAUGCCUCAACUGUUUUGGAGAACGUCACUGGCACAGAAAGUAUUGAGGGUCUUAUGCUCAAACUACCCAAGAAUAGACGAUAUGACGGAAACAUUUCAAGAAGUCAGCGUCCUUGGCUUAGUUUUUUCUCCUUAAGCGAGUUAGAUUCAGACAGUGCGGACUUCAGAACAGAGGCAUUUAAAGGAAUGAACAAUCUUAAAAUUCUUUUGCUCAAUAAUGUGAAAUUCAGUGGUGGGGGUGACAAGUUUCCGAAAAAGUUAUCACGGUUGUCUUGGCAAGGAUUUUCUGCACAAUCUCUACCAAAAAAGUUUCCUUUGGGAAGUAUAGUUGUUCUUGAGCUUCAGAACUGCACCCGGCAACUUGUUUGGGAGGGGAAAAGGCAUCUGCCGAAAUUGAAAAUCCUUGAUCUCAGUCAUUCACUUGGUCUUGUUACAACCCCCGACUUGUCAGGACUCUCUAACCUUGAGAGACUUCUCCUUAAAGGUUGCACAAACAUCACCGAGAUUGAUGAAUCCAUUGGUGACCUUGAGAGACUUGUUUUCUUGAAUCUCGAAGGCUGCAAAAAUCUCAAAAAGCUCCCAGAAACAAUUGACAGGUUGACAUCCCUUCAGGAGCUCAACCUACAAGGUUGUUCAAACCUUUCUCUUUAUGCUAAUACAACUACUGAUAUGAAGAAGUUUUUCAGCCAGUUAUCAUUUAGAUCAUGGCAAUCAAUUUGGUCCGUGGUAUCACCAAGAGAAAGUAUUGAACCAACAGGUUUGUCGUCGGUAAGUUUGCUACAUUCUUUAGUGUGCUUAAGUCUGGGUUGGUGCAAUCUAACAGAGAUUCUCAAUGAUCUUAGCAUCCUAUCCUCAUUGAUGGAUCUUGAUCUAAGUGGGAAUCCAUUUAUCAGUCUCCCUGAAAUCCUGAAGAGUCUUAUUGCGCUCAAAUUUCUUUAUUUACGCGACUGUCCAUAUCUCGUAAUGGUUCCGGAGCUCCCACCAAGUUUAUAUGUGUUGCGCGCAACCCAGUGUACAGCCCUGAAAAAAAUAACGAAUUUAGCAAAUCGAUAUUCCCAUCUUUAUGAAUGUGAAGAAUUAGUUGAAGUUGAAGGCGUCUUCUGUAUAAAGCCAUUGAUCGACGAGCUUGAUGCUGAAAUGAUAAGAAAGAUAGGCCUGUACAAUUUUGAAAGUUUUGAACGCACUGAAGUAUAUAUCAUGAGUAAUGCCCUAACAAUGUGCACGAGAAAGUGUCCCCUCCAGGGACUGUAUGAAUUUGGAAUAUUCAGCAUUUUCCUCCAUGGAAGCAAGAUUCCUGAUUGGUACAAUUACAGGGGUGAAUCUGCAUUGUCUAUCAUUCUUCCUUCCCGUCCUAAACUCAAGAUUAUAGGCUUAAAUAUUGGUGUUGUGUACAGCGGAGAUGAAGCAUCAUCGAUUACAUCAAUCACUCUCAAAGUCAGUAACGAAGCGAGGGGUCUUAUGUGGGCAUAUUCCCCUGUCAGUUUCGGUGUUUCAUAUCGGAUUGAGGAAAUGUCAUGGCUAAGUCAUUGGCCGUUUGAGAAUGAUGAGAUACAGGAUGGGGAAGAAUUACGUUUUUCUGUAAGUUGCAAAUGCCUUGACAAAAAAUUCAAAUUUGUCGGGGGCGUGAUAAAGGAGCUUGGAGUCCAACUUGUGUACGAGCAGAAAGCUUGUGAUGACAUCCAACUAUGAAAUCUACUUGUCAGAACUCAACACGAGGCACCUUGUUGGAGACAGAAUAUUCCCCCAACUGGACCUGUAUCGUCACCAAAUUAUCAGAUUCGGCCCGGCAAAUACUUUCUUACCAAUAAUUACGUUCUUCGGACGAAAAUUCGGCCUCCUUCUUCCUUUUCAGCCUCAGAGUUGGAUUACAUUUGUGAACACCAAGGUUUUGAUUUUGAAUUUGAAACAUGUGCCUUAUGAGGAAAUAAAUCUUCUCUGGUUAACGAGAGUUGAUAAAUUGAAAUCAUUGGUUCUAGAUUGAUGUAUAAUUUCUUGGAAGAUUUGAGUACUUGCAACGGUCUUGUGAUGCCAUGAAGUUUUAAGUUUGUAGAACGAGUACCCCCAAAUAAAAGAUGUCCUUAACAAGAGCGGGAAAAUCAGAAAACCCAACCCAAACGAAGCCGCGCUCAAAGUCGCAUCCACUCUCCCCUAACAGAAUCUCGAUCUGCCUACCUUUCAGUACUUGAAAUUUUCCCAAAAUAACACAAGAAGCCUCGCAGUGAAACCCAAAAUAACCUUUUAAAGGGUUCGUCGAUGUACUAUUUCUGCUUUCUGGGUACCAAUCCUCCAGUCGCCUCGCUCACAAUAUUAACAAGACAACAAGGCCUUCCAGUGUGGCCUCUUCUUCGAAAAUUUUCUUGGGAACUUUAGCAGCUCUGAUGAUUAUGUGGACUCUGUGGUGGAACUUGAUGCGGAUAUCUCUGUGAAAUGAUAUCUGCUGCUUCUUUCCCUAAGGGCCUUGCACGUACAUAUCUCUUGUUAAGGCGCGCC